GUUCUGCGUCCAAUGGAUUGCAAUGACGUGUAUCAUUUCAUCCCCACCAUUCUUCUACAAGAAUCCUCAAUUUUUCACUUUCUUCAUUUCAUUUCAACAAAUGUUGCAAAAUUUUCUUAUUCUCUUCACGUAAUUUUGUGUUUUUCCCCCGUCAAUUUCCAAGGAACGUUUAGAUUCAUAGUUGUCACCCUGAUAUCAUAUUUGUUGAAAUCUUGUGUUAAAAGUUGUAUACUUUUGAACUUCAAUAAAAGACUUGAUUUUUUGCGUUUUUAAUUUCAUAGCCACAGACCCAGUUUUGGACUUGAACUGGUUUUUUGUUCACAUGGCCCUUCAUAUUAGCAGUAGUUGUUUUGCUGUGAUGUGUCACUCAAGAGUUCACAGAAUAAGAGCUACUGCUGCUGCUUCAGAGGGUUCUUCUACUCUUAAUACAGUGACGGAGGAAAAGGUGAAUUUGGGUAACUCUGAUUUGAAGGUCACAAGGUUAGGAAUUGGAGCUUGGUCUUGGGGUGAUACCACUUACUGGAACGAUUUGGAAUGGAAUGAUAGGAAUGAAAAGGCUGCUAGAGAUGCUUUCAAUGCCAGUAUUGAUGGAGGUCUAACCUUUUUCGACACUGCUGAAGUCUAUGGCUCUGGGCUUGCUUUAGGAGCCAUAAACUCUGAGGUUCUUCUUGGAAGAUAUAUUAAGGAAAGAAAAGAAAAGGAUCCAGAUGUUGAGGUUGCUGUUGCAACCAAGUUUGCUGCACUGCCAUGGAGAUUCGGCCGUCAAAGUGUUCUCAAGGCUCUUAACGAUUCCCUUUGUCGAUUAGGACUGACUUCAGUGGAUCUUUAUCAGCUUCAUUGGCCUGGAGUUUGGGGAAAUGAAGGGUAUAUUGAUGGUCUAGGAGAUGCUGUUGAAAAGGGACUUGUGAAGGCUGUCGGAGUUUCAAACUAUAAUGAAAAGAGACUCCGUGAGGCUUAUGAGAAGCUGAAGAAGAGAGGUAUUCCAUUAGCUUCAAACCAAGUAAACUACAGCCUCAUCUACCGUGCCCCUGAAGAAAAUGGUGUAAAGUCUGCCUGCGAUGAACUUGGGAUUACAAUAAUUGCUUAUUCACCAAUUGCUCAAGGUGCUCUAAGUGGAAAGUAUACUCCUGAUAAACCACCAAGUGGGCCUCGAGGCAGAAUUUAUACUCCUGAAUUCCUAACAAGGCUCCAACCUUUACUAAACAAGAUUACUGAAAUAGGAGAGAAAUACGAUAAAACUCCUACACAGGUAUCACUGAACUGGUUGGUAGCACAAGACAAUGUUGUGCCAAUUCCUGGAGCCAAGACAAAAGAACAAGCUAAGGAAUUCAUAGGUGCACUUGGGUGGAGACUAACUGAAGAAGAGGUAGCUGAACUGCGUAGUUUGGCUUCAGAAAUUAAGCCUGUCAUUGGUUUUCCAGUAGAAAACCUCUAGAAUAUUGUUAAACACAAAAAUGGUUGCUGCAUGCACCUUCCAAAUCAACUGUAAAAAUCAUAUAUGUUUAUCAAUAUAGCUCUGAUUAUUUGUUCA